UUCCCCGCCCCCUCCUCACUCGUUCUCUCUCCACCGUUCCUUGCCUUCUGUCCAAAAGUCAGCGCCGUCCUGUGCCUCCCUCCCCCGCCAUUCCAAUCGCCCAAUUGCAUGAACCAGAGCAGCAGGAAGAAGCAUUGCACCCAGAAAGCGGAACCCUAGUUCAGACACCAGGCUGUCCCCAGGCCGUCAUUCUUUUUUCCCUGAAUGGCCGAAGACUGGGAUCUGAGCGCCCUGGUCAGGAGCUGCUCCUCCUCCUCCGCCGCCUCCGCCUCCUCCGCCGCGGCGGCCCCGCCGGAAGGCGAGAACCCGCUGGCUUGCUUGGCCUCGUUGACUUUCGAGGACGACGACAAGGACCCGUUUGGCUUCCCCAACCUUGCCGCGCCCCGGAAUGGAGCUCUCGAUGAGCUCCGAGAACUGUACAGACCCUUUUACCCCGACGCCGACCGUUCCCUCUCCCGCGCUUCCGAUUUCGCGCCCGCUUGUGGCUCCCGCGCGCCGGUCUCGCCGAAGGCCACCGCCGUCCCCCGCUUCGACCGCGUUUCCUCGGCUCCCGCCAUUGGAGCCCUCCAAGCUCCUCAGCAGCAGCCGCAACGGGCGGCGCGACACCAGGGCCUUGACUGGAAAGUGCUUCCCGCUCAGCAGCCUGUUUCUUCUCCAUUCCCUCUGCCCGCCAUGCAGGCUCAGACACCAAGAUCCAGAAAAAGGAAGAGCCAGCAGAAGAAGUCGGUUUGCCAUGUGACGGCGGAGAAUCUGUCGUCCGAUCCAUGGGCUUGGCGUAAAUACGGUCAAAAACCCAUCAAAGGCUCUCCAUUCCCGAGGAACUACUACAGAUGCAGUAGCUCCAAAGGUUGUUCGGCGAGGAAGCAAGUGGAGCGGAGCAACGCCGACCCGAACAUCUUCGUCAUCACCUAUACGGGCGACCACACCCACCGUCCCACCCACCGCAACUCCCUCGCCGGCAGCACCCGCAACAAGUACAGCACCUCCUCCUCCCUCCAGAAACCCGACUCGAUCUGCCCGGCCCAUUCCGCUCCCGCCGCCCCGUGCUCCACCUCCUCCAACGCCGCCAGCCUCUCCCCGACGACCCCCCUGACAGCUCCGAUCGACGAGGACGUGGCCCAUCCCUGCGCUCUCCUGACGAGCGAGGACCUGGGCAUGGACAAGGACAGCGAGGACUUGGUCGGAGACUAUGAAGACAACGACGACCGCCCGGAGGAGGAGGAAGGCGAGGACGACCUGCUGAUUCCCAACGUGGCGGCCAUGAGCGAGGAGAUCUUCAUGGGGUUCCGCGAGCUCGGCCAGAGCCCGGCUUCCGGAGACAACUUCUCGUCGGGUCCCGGCCGGGCGGACUUCACCCGGUUCAGCUCCGCCGCUGCCGGCGCUGGCGGGGGCCCUUGAACCGCCCGGAAAAAAAAAAAAAAAAAGUCCAAGGCUUGACGUGGAUAUACAUAGACAGAGUUGGAUCGUUUCGUAUAUGAAAGCUCUCUCUUUUCUUUUUUCUUUCUUGACAAGAUCUUCGUCCACCACCGCCAGUUAGGUACAGAAAGCGAUUAGAUGGGAAGAAUCUCUCUUCCGUCCGUCCCCAUAUCCAGGGUUCUCUCCUCUCUCUUUCACCUGUUUUUGCGCCUGUCUUUUCUUCUUUUUCAAAUCUUUCGCCUUCGAGUCUUUACCUUCAGUUUUGUAUGUACAGCAACAAUUCUAGGAUGUCCAUGAUCUCCCGUGCGUGGAAUAUCAAAGUGAACUUGAGUUUAGCA